AUGCUGCCAACUAAUUCCGCCAACCCUCCAGGACACUGUUGUUACUGGGUCAACUAUCUUCCAAGACUGCACUACGAAUCAGAUAUCCCGGGUCCUCACACGGUUCUGGAAAGCCAAUUUCCAUUGGGAUACGCUUCCUUUCGAAACCUUCAAUACCAGACCUCGUAUAUUGAAGCAAUCAGGGGCACCAUGUCAAUUCUAGGGCAUGAAAACUUGCAGCUCAGCCCGGAGAGUGGUCGAGACUGA